UUUUAAACUGUCGACGUGUCAUGGCGCAUAUCGUAAUCAUCAUCUCUCGUUUUUUUGACCCACACAUCUGGCUGAAAGCAGGAUGCUGAGCCGGCAUCUUCCAACUUCCAACUGCCAACUCCCAUGACCAAGCACGUAGUGGGGCAAUUAAUUCUGCACGUUCCCAUUUGCCGGCGAAGGCUGUGAUCUGUGAUCUGUGCUCCAUAAACCGCGAAUGGCGCUACUGCCAGCCGAGUUAGUCGAGUUAACUAGCCAAGUUAAUAUGGUGGGCGGACUGCGAAAACUCAGCGCAAUUAAUUUCCCAUAACUUCGGGAAUCCCUUUGUGUGGGCUGUUGUUCCGAUUCGGAUGGGCUGCAUAACUGAAUCAAUGGAUGUGUCGAAAUAUGUUAUGUGCAGCGUAGAUUUAGCUUUUUAGAUACCUAGCUAUCUGAAAGCUUUCAGCAUGAAUAUUUUCUUCACAGAAUCUUCGGUUUAGCCUCCUCUCAUAACUUACAUUUGCAUCGUAUCAAAUGAUCUUGAAGAAGAUUGAGCUGUCAAUUUGUUACACCAAGUUUCUUUUGAUCUAGUUAAAUCAUAAUCAAUACAUCUGCAUACCCUUCUUUUCCAAUUGAUUCUCUGAUCAUCUCUAUGCCAUCGCCACAAUCUCCAAUACAAUCGACUCGACCCUUCUACACCCAGCAGACGCAUCCGCGGAUCCUACACCCAAUUGGGGUCGUCUUUGGCACGAUCUUCUUCGAUAUAUCGCUGGGCUUUUUAUGAUUAUUUUUCCUUUUUCGUCUCUGACAAGACAAGGCAAACAAAUGCAAAAUGCUUUGGCGCUUGUCAUAGCAACCACUGAACCACUGGAACACUGAACCACUCGCUUGGGAGAGUGAGCCGCGGCAGACGCCGCCGACACAUUCACCCAGUGGAGUACCGAGUAGACCGAGUAGACUACUUUGGGCCAACGCAACGGCGGAUCCAAAAGGUUUGGGGGCCGCGGCACAAUCACCACCUCGCCGCGCCUCGAGAAGAUGUGCGCUUAAAGAAGGCAAAUCAGCCCGAGAGACUUUGCUCCAAGACUUAAGACCCAAGACUCAAGACCGAGGCACCCUUCACGUGGCAAUCUGGCGCAGAUCGGGGUGGUGAAGUGUUGGCAAGCAAGCUCAGUGAUUGAGAUUUUUGCUUUGGACCGCAUAGAAUCAGCCACCGCUUCUCUGAAGACGAUCGUAUGUGGCAGCCGCAUCAGCUGCAUCAGCAGCAGCAGCAGCAGCUGUUGUGUUGCCGGUUGCCACACGCUCCACAAAACCACCUCCAUCUCAUAAUCGAGUUCGUGUGUGUGCGCAUUGUGCAUCCUAGACUUUCAGUUUUUUCGGUUUCGGCUUUGCCUCAUAUAAAUACGCCAUGUGGCAGCUACCACAGAUCAGUCAGAAUUCGGCGCUGCUUCCAAGCGCUAGUCUCAUCCCAAAGAUUCCGAUCAGCUCCAGUUCCAUCUCCAUCUUCAUCUCCAGCAUCAGCUCCACAAGUGGAAUAUGUUCAAGUUACUCGGCUUGACGCUGCUCAUGGCGAUGGUGGUCCUUGGGCGACCGGAGCCACCAGUUAACUCCUAUCUACCUCCGUCCGAUAGCUAUGGAGCACCGGGCCAGAGUGGUCCCGGCGGCAGGCCAUCGGAUGCCUAUGGCGCUCCUGGCGGUGGCAACGGCGGCCGACCCUCGGACAGCUAUGGCGCUCCAGGCGUGGGCCAGGGUCAAGGACAGGGACAAGGACAGGGUGGAUUCGGUGGCAAGCCCUCGGAUUCCUAUGGUGCUCCUGGUGGUGGAAAUGGCAACGGUGGUCGCCCAUCGAGCAGCUAUGGCGCUCCUGGUGGUGGAAACGGUGGUCGUCCUUCGGAUACCUAUGGUGCUCCUGGUGGCGGUAGCGGUGGACGCCCAUCGGACAGCUAUGGUGCUCCUGGUGGUGGAAAUGGAAACAGCGGUCGACCCUCGAGCAGCUAUGGAGCUCCUGGCCAAGGACAAGGCAACGGAAAUGGUGGUCGUCCUUCGGGCAGCUAUGGUGCUCCUGGUGGUGGAAACGGUGGUCGUCCUUCGGACACCUACGGCGCUCCUGGUGGCGGAAAUGGCGGUCGUCCUUCAAGCAGCUACGGCGCUCCUGGUGGCGGAAAUGGCAACGGAGGUCGCCCAUCGGACAGCUAUGGUGCUCCGGGUGGCGGAAAUGGUAACGGAAACGGCAGCGGUGGUCGUCCUUCAAGCAGCUAUGGAGCUCCUGGUCAGGGCCAAGGUGGAUUCGGUGGUCGCCCUUCGGACUCCUAUGGUGCUCCUGGUCAGAACCAAAAGCCUUCAGACACUUAUGGCGCCCCUGGAAACGGCAACGGUAAUGGCAACGGCGGACGUCCUUCGAGCAGCUACGGAGCUCCAGGCACAGGACCUGGUGGCCGACCCUCCGACUCCUACGGACCCCCAGCCUCUGGAUCGGGAGCAGGUGGUGCUGGAGGAGGCAGUGGACCCGGCGGCGCUGACUACGACAACGAUGAGCCCGCCAAGUACGAAUUUAAUUACCAGGUUGAGGACGCGCCCAGCGGACUCUCGUUCGGGCAUUCAGAGAUGCGCGACGGUGACUUCACCACCGGCCAGUACAAUGUCCUGUUGCCCGACGGAAGGAAGCAAAUCGUGGAGUACGAGGCCGAUCAGCAGGGCUACCGACCACAGAUCCGGUACGAAGGCGAUGCCAACGAUGGCAGUGGUCCCAGUGGUCCCAGCGGUCCUGGCGGUGCUGGUGGUCCCGGUGGUCAGAACUUGGGUGCCGAUGGCUACUCCAGUGGACGUCCCGGCAAUGGCAAUGGCAACGGAAACGGCGGUUACCCCGGUGGGCGCCCAGGAGGUCAGGAUUUGGGACCCAGUGGAUACUCCGGUGGUCGUCCAGGCGGUCAGGAUCUGGGACCCGGUGGCUACUCCAAUGGCAGGCCGGGCGGCCAAGACUUGGGACCAAGCGGUUACUCCGGUGGACGCCCAGGAGGUCAGGAUUUGGGACCUAACGGAUAUUCCGGUGGUCGCCCAGGCGGUCAGGAUCUGGGACCCGGUGGCUACUCCAAUGGCAGGCCAGGCGGCAAUGGCAAUGGCAACGGCAAUGGUGGAUCCGAUGGCGGACGUGUGAUCAUCGGUGGACGUGUGAUAGGCGGCCAGGAUGGCGGUGAUCAGGGCUACUCCGGCGGACGUCCCGGUGGUCAGGAUUUGGGCCGUGAUGGCUACUCCGGCGGUCGUCCAGGCGGCCGGCCGGGCGCCAAUGGCCAGGAUAACCAGGAUGGCCAGGGAUACUCGAGCGGCAGGCCGGGCCAGGGUGGUCGCAAUGGCUUCGGACCCGGUGGUCAGAACGGCGACAACGAUGGCAGCGGUUAUCGGUACUAGGAACGACUCACAGACACAUUUAGCUAGAUCCCCCGAACAUAUAGCAAUACCUAGUGUUAAGUCCUUCUAGAACUAUGGCCUCUACCUAUCCUAUCUCAUCCUUCCACAUCUACUCGUGCCCAUUCUAUCCCACUUCUUGCUAUCUUACGUCCAUCCAUUCAGUCUGCUCACUUCCUCGUAGUCGUAAGUCCCUGUUGAUCUAAAUGCAAGUGCGAAAAAUAACCCAAAAAAAGGAAUGAAAUAAGCUAUUUCUGAUGUAAGUAAAGAAACUAAAUAUAUAUUUUUUAUAAAAAA